AUGCCACUAUUGACAACGGAUAUGAACAUUGCUGGUGCCUUGAAAAAGGUGAACCUGAUUCCCGAACGUAACUUCACUGCAUCAUCGUUGUUGCAGAUCACGUAUCCUGGCGACAAGGAAGUGUUGCUGGGCAACACAUUGACACCGAGCGAUGCUGCCGAGCAACCGACAGUGACCUUUGUUCCGCCCGAAGAAUCGGCUGCAUACACCAUCGUCAUGACCGACCCCGAUGCCCCUUCAGCAACGGAUCAUAAGUUUGGGCCAUGGCGCCACUGGAUAGCCGUAAAUGUGCCAGGCAACGAUCCAUCAAACGUGGCGCAGCAUCAUACGCCCUACAUUGGCCCUGGUCCUGGCCCCGGUACCGGCGUCCACCGUUAUCUGUUCUUACUCUACAAGCAAGCGCAACCUAACUCCACCUUUGCACCUAUGGCGCAUGAAGAGAAGCCCGAUCGCCGUAACUUUGAUCUCAAACACUUUGUCACAGAGAACCAGUUAGAGCUAGUUGCUGCCAACUUUUUCCUCUGUUCUGCACCUUGA